AUGAUCCUGUUCCUCAUAUUGUUUGCUUUAGCUCUGGGUUCAGUGUCAACCUCAUCUGAACCAGAAAUAAGGCUGGAGCGUGGCACCUGCCCCAUGUCCUGGUACAGCUUCAAUGGCCGCUGCUACAAGUACGUCGCCACACGGAUGACCUGGGCUGAAGCAGAGCUCCACUGUGUAUCAGAAGGAGCCAACCUGGUCUCUGUCCACAGCUCUGCAGAGUAUGAUUUUGUUAAAUCUCUGAUCAAGAACUUUGACACUGCUGAAGGACGCACAUGGAUCGGACUCAGUGAUAUCCAUAAGGAAGGUGGCUGGAUGUGGUCUGAUGGUUCUGCA